UGUUUACCGAAAGUGUCCAAUGGCUUUAACCAUGAUCCGCAGAGUGAAUGAUUCGAACCGUAGACUAAGCCUGGUAUAUACACAAACAUAGAUCCAAGUCUGCUGCAAUGUCGCUCUGCACAAAACCAACACCAUUCCGCCCUUUGGUGCAUUGACAAAUUACAGCGGACGUGACAAAUCAGAGGGCAAAAUGUGAUAUAAACCUACGAAAUUCCAAACUUGAAUUGAUUCCGCCGACUUAACACUAGAACUGAAUGAGUUUACGUGAGAAUGCACUGCCACUGUUGUUUAGUCGCUACACCUGAGAGAGUUCUUUGUGAGUUUUGAUUGAUAAUAGCCAAGCAAGUGUAUUACAAAUUUAUGGAGAGUGUAGAAGCUACUUGAAAUGCCAGACAAGCAGCAAUUGCGAAAAACUGUAAGAGCUCGGACGUGUGGGUUUCUUGAUGGUACUGUCUCCACCUACAUCUUCUAAUCAUUCUUGUCCAAGAUAGAACGAGAACCAUCUACUACUGAGUCUACAACGAGUCAGAUCUGCGUCAAGAUGCUUGGCCAACUGCCUCCGUGAACCCCAAUGUGUGGCCGUGAGUUACAGCCAGCUAACCGGUGAAUGUGAGCUUUAUGACGGCAGCAAGACUGACCACCCAUCGGAUGUCAUUACGAAUGAUGGAUGGUCUUAUUACGAAAUCACGUCAAAGACCACACAAGUUCUAUCAACGGACAUGCCUUCAACAACAGCACCCACAACAACAGGGCAACCGACAACUCAAGCGCCGACAACGGAAACACCGUCAACGACUGCGUUACAAACAACCAAACAGCCGCCAACAACCGAUAUGUUGACAACUAGCCAGACAACUGGACAACCGACAACUCGAGAGCCGAUAACGGAAAAGCCGCCAACAACUGCGUUGCAAACAACCAAACAACCGUCAACAACUGACAUGUCGACAACCAUGCAGACAACUAAACUGCCGACAACUGCAUUCAAAACAACAGCCCAGCCUGGUCCCAGAGAUUGUUGGGGCUAUUACAGUGAUGGAUUCUAUAACAGUGGUCUCUAUACCAUCUACAUCAAGGGGGCAGCACCUGGUGGAACUAGUGUAUAUUGUGACAUGCAGUUUGGUGGAGGUGGGUGGACGACGAUACAGAGGCGGGUCAACGCUGUCGACUUCUAUCGCAACUGGGCGUCUUACAAGAUGGGCUUUGGUAUCAUUGAUGACAAUGAUUCCGAUUUCUGGCUCGGAUUAGAUCUCAUUUACCUCUUGACAAAUCAAGACGACUACCAGUUGCGUAUUCCACUGGUGGACUGGUACGGUGAAGUCAAAUUUGCCAAAUACAGUGAGUUUCGAGUGAACAACGAAGCGGACAACUAUCGACUGACGGUUAGUGGCUUUACUGGAACUGGAGGUGAUUCACUGAUAGCGACUCACAAUGGAAUGCAAUGGACAACCCACGACAAGGACAACGACAACGCCAUCGGAACCAAUUGUGCCGAGGUGUACCAGGGAGCUUGGUGGUACAACUCCUGCCAUACGUCUAACCUGAAUGGUCCACGAACAUCUGCCAGUAUUUCACCCGGUCGUGGCAUGGUGUGGAAGACAUGGCCUGGGGAGUCCGUCUCCUUAAUGGAAGUAGAAAUGAAAAUAAAGCCACUAAGUGCCGGCUAAACAGACCAUAAACAUAAAAUUGAUUGAUUUGAGACUACAUACCCUUUCAGGUAGUCUGUGGCAAGACAAUAUCAAUUUUCCAUCGGUUAAGACAACAACGAGGCAAGAACAAUACACACUCAUUAAAAUUCAACUUUAGACUUCAUUAUAAACUAGUCAGUUUGUCUGCCGUCAGACAAACUUGUUGUUGUUAUUAUUUUAAAUUGUUAUGUGAUUUAUUAAAGGCAUUGCAUUUGGAAUGGAAAAUUGAGACAAUGUAGUCAUUAAAAUAUAAACAGCCUACAAACACCCAUUGAAUAGCGAGGACAAAAGACAAACUGAGUUGUGGCGGUGCUAUUGCGAGAUCACUGCUCUCGCGCGAAAUGCUGGUUGCCGACUUCUACUCCCCAUGUAGUCGUGACAGCAGUAGUAGAAUACCGCGGGAUUCUAAUGGGAGAGUCGGAACGCUAUCACCGAGACAGACAUUUAACGACUUGUCCACAAGUCUAUUGUUCUAUGAAUGAUUCAUAGGUUAUGAAACGUGCGUUAUUCAAAAGUACGAUUAACCAAUCAGAACGAUUAACCAAUCAAAACGCGGACUUUCUCUAGUUUAGUCCAUUUUGUUUUGGAAGGGUUACAGGAAAAUACCAAAAAAGUAAGAAAUCAAUUCAGACGAACAUGGAAGUGGGUCAGUUUUUAUAAUAAGUUUAUAAAAGGGAAUGAAGGAUCAACAAAAGGAAGUGUGAAUGAAAGAGAAGAGAUUGCAUUAUACCCAAAAACGUUUUAUAAACGAAACCCAAAAUGGAUGAUUGUUGUUUUCACAGACAGUGUGCAUAAUUUAUUAUUCAUAAAUACCUCAGACAGUUUCGCUAUUCCUAUUGGUGGAGAGCACGUCACGUGGGUGUGUAUAAACCUUUGUUUAUGACCAGUAAAAAGUGUUGAAACAUUGGCGUGACACACGAGUUUGCACAUGUUCUUAUAAGACAGUUUCUUCAUUCCUAUUGGUCGAGAGCAACGGCCGAGACAGUUGU